AUUUGAUUUAUAUGACUUGUCCACGUGUUAAUCAACAGGUUCAAGAAUGCCUAGCGAGCAAUUCUACAUUUCUACGUUUCUGAUUCUUCUACUCCAACCCAGAACUCUCUCUUUUUAAACUCCUAAACUCUUUUGUACCUUCAUUUAUUUUUGUUCCCAAUAUAUAAAGUUAAAUUGCUUUUUCUUGAAUUAGAUUCGUAAUCGUUGAUUUCUCAACUUUUCUGCUUCUGGGUAUUCAUCUCUUACAAUAGUUGAUGAGUAGCACCAUCUUGAAGUAGAAAUUAAAUAAGAACAUAUGACAGUGUAACACUAUCCUAUCGAGAUUAAUUUAUGAUCACCAUGGAGUUUAAAGGUAUAACCUGGGUUGGGAAUAUUUACCAAAAGUUUGAAGCUAUGUGCUUGGAGGUUGAAGAAGUUAUAUGCCAGGCUAGGUUUCUAUCCAUCCCCUUUAAGCCGUAAGGGUAUUUUUAAGGACUUGAUCACUAAACUCUCUAGUGGGAGGUGGCUGAAUUUGUUGUUCUGCAAGGCUAGUGUUAUUAGAGUCACUGUAUUACAACUAUGACUAUGACAACUGUACUAGCGCAGACACAGUUAAGUAUGUUGAAGAUCAGGUGCAGAUGGUCGGUGCUAGUGUCAAAAUGUUCUACUCAGAUGUUAUGCAUGAUUUGCUUCCUCCAUCUUCUAUAGAUCCCAUGAAAGUGGCUACUGCUGACUUGUCUCUGAACCCAAAUGCUGACAUUGGGAUCUCUAAGAAACCAAAAGCAAGCAUCAAGGAAGAGGAUAUAAUGGUUGAAAAGCAAGUGACUGAGUACUCUAAAGUGAUUGUUGGUGUGGAUGUGGACCGUUCCUCAUCUUUCAGUGACCUUGGCGAUCUAAAUCAUUUUCCAGCCCCAUCUUCUAGGGGCUUUGUGAAAGGAGCAUGCUCUGACUACAUCUCGGGGCAAAAUAACAAUAGAGGAAUUUGUGAAAAUUCAGAUAUGGGUAUCAAAAUGACAAAGUCAGUUUCUCCUGUGUCGAAAGAUUUGAGCAGGGCGUUAUCAUGCUAUGAAAUAAGUGAAAAGCAUAAAGCAGCAUGUGACCAGAUAGCUAUGAUAUCUCCGCGAGCUUCAGAUGAAGUUACAGGAUGUGGCAUUGGAGAAGGUCGGAAAGUUCAUAACAGUACUGUGGAAACAACUUCGUUGAUAGUUGAUGCUUCAAUUGAUUUCCCAAUGUCAGAUAUGAUUCUAUCAGAUGAAUCCUGUGGGAAGAAAGAUAAAAAAAUAAGAUGUUCUUACUCCGACGUUGCAGGCACAUGUACAGAUUGUGAGUUUGUUCCAGGGUCAUACAUUACUAGGGAUGCGCAUUACAAUCAAUCUGCUGGUGAGGAGUUUUUUACAUGCCAUACAGGAACAUUAGGGGGGUGUAACAUGGAUGUGAUUGAGAACAGUGUUAUUGUUGAGCCAGGGAUUGAAACAAUUGAACAAUUUGAUACAUCAAAGAUUGAAGAAACUUGUGUCUUGGUGGAUAGAGAUAAACUUUAUUUUGUUUCUCAUGGGGACGGCAAACAUCGAACAUACAAGAUAAAGAUUCAGGAAGCUCUCUCUUCAAAAAUGAGGUUAACAAGGAAGCAGGAGUAUGAGCAGCUUGCAUUACAACAUGGAGAUGUUGAUGCAGGUUUAAACCAAGAGAAUGUGGAAAGUUCAGUGCCUACUGUUACAACAGACGCGGACGCAGAGAAUUUAGCGGCUCAUGUGUUCUGUGAAUCUGAGUGGGAGCUUUUGUAAAUACCACUAUUGACAAAGGCAUCUGUAAAUAAAUCUCUCUUAACUGUAUCUGCAGGGCUGACCUUUGAAGUUGAAGGAUGCCGCGCUGGAUGUCAAUGCUCACAAAAGCUAAACUCAUCUAUAGAACAACAUUACCCCAAGUGGUAAAUAAGCAUACCAUUUACUUUUUAGUGGUUUAAUUACCGAAAAUAGUAACAAUAAUGAUAAUAGCUUAUAAUUUGCCCCUUUCUAUUGCUAUUUGGUUGAUGCA